CAUCCCCUCCUCUUCUCGUCGAUCUGAAUCCUGGUGCAAGCAAAAACACCUCAGCCAUGAGCCGACAGCCAAACACCCGCCUCUGGGGUGAGAGUUGACUAUUUGAAUCUAAACUCCCGGCGUUUAAGUUUCCAGUUUCCACCCGAUCUCCUCUAUUGGGCCGGUUAGUGAAAGUCAAGGUACUAAUUAUUAUUGUUAUCCGCCAGAGUGGCAAUUGACCAACUUGCCAGCAACUAAAUUAACGCGGUUAAGCUUUAACCUAUGCUGAAGAAAGUCAGACGAAAGGUCGUGACUGCGAUCACAAAGCCCUUCAAGAAAAAGGGUAGAAAAACCCCUCCUCCUCCUCCCCCAACAGAACCAGAGCCAGCCCCACCAUCGCCUGCUUCUCCUUCUCCACCUCAAUCUCUCACCAUGUCACCACCCAAGAGGAAACACACACAACCGUUCCUCUUCCCUCAAUCCCAAUCUGUAGUUCUCCCUGAUCCCUCCACCUUCUUCUCACCCAACCUCCUCUCCUCCCCACUUCCCACGAAUUCUUUCUUUCAGAAUUUCGUCCUCAAGAACGGUGAUCAACCUGAAUACAUCCAUCCUUAUCUCAUUAAAUCUGCAGUCUCUGCCCUCACCGUCUGUUACCCAUCUCAAUCCCACAACUCGGCUUUCAUUUACCAGAUCUUUAAUGCUGAUCUCACCAUUUCUACUUUGAACAAUCCCAACCCUAAUGCCACCCACAUCAUAUCUUCCUUCAGUGACCUCAGUGUCACGUUGGAUCAUCCUUCGAGCAAUUUAAGGUUCUUUCUUGUGAGGGGCAGUCCAUUCUUGACUUGCAACGUUAUGGGCAAUGUUGCGCUCUCAAUUUCAACCAUCCACGCUAUUAUUGGCUUUUCUUCUAAUGCAUCCCUCACCAAGUACACCAUCAAGCUCAAUAACAAUCAGACUUGGCUAUUGUAUGCUUCUUCACCCAUAAGCUUGACUCAUGACAUAUCUAGUAUUACUUCUGGUGUGUUUACUGGGAUUAUAAGGAUUGCUGCAUUGCCAGAUUCUGAUUCAAGAUCGGAAGCGAUUCUUGAUCGAUUCAGUUCUUGUUAUCCACUGUCUGGUGAUGCUAUUUUCAAUAGGCCAUUUUGUUUGGAGUACAAAUGGGAGAAGAGAGGAUGGGGAGAUUUGCUAAUGCUUGCACAUCCUCUCCAUCUUAAGCUUCUUUCAAGUGGAGAUUGCUUUCUCACUGUCUUAAAUAAUUUUAAGUACAACAGCAUCGAUGGUGAGCUGGUAGGCGUUGUUGGAGAUUCAUGGUUUCUGAAAAGUGAUCCUAUCUCUGUAAAUUGGCAUUCGAUAAAAGGUGUUCGGGAGGAAACGCAAGAAGAAAUAGUUAAUGCUCUUAUCAAGGAUGUGGAGGCCCUUAGUACAACUUCCAUAUCCACUACUUCAUCUUAUUUCUAUGGUAAAUUGAUUGCUAGAGCUGCAAGAUUUGCAGUGAUUGCCGAAGAAGUGUCUUACCUUGAUGUGGUUCCAGCUAUUAAAAAGUUCUUGAAGGAUACCAUUGAGCCUUGGUUAGAUGGCACAUUUGGGGCAAACGGGUUCUUAUAUGAUCCAAAAUGGGGUGGAAUUGUGACUAAACAAGGAUCAUUGGAUUCUGGGGCUGAUUUUGGGUUUGGAAUUUACAAUGACCACCAUUAUCAUCUAGGCUAUUUCAUUUAUGCAAUUUCUGUGCUUGCAAAGAUUGAUCCUUUUUGGGGGAAGAAGUAUAGGCCCCAGGCUUACUCAAUGAUGGCAGACUUCAUGAACUUAAGCAGGAGAGCAGAUUCUAGUUAUCCACGUCUGAGGUGUUUUGACUUGUGGUUAUUGCAUUCUUGGGCUGGAGGAUUGACGGAGUUUGCAGAUGGAAGGAAUCAGGAAAGCACAAGCGAGGCUGUAAAUGCAUACUAUUCAGCAGCUUUGAUGGGGUUGGCCUAUGGAGACACCCAUCUUGUUGCCAUUGGAUCAACUAUUGCAGCUCUAGAGAUUCAGUCAGCGCAAACAUGGUGGCAUGUGAGAGAGAACGACGCUCUAUAUGGAGACGAAUUUACUAGAGAGAACAGAGUGGUUGGCGUCUUGUGGGCUAACAAAAGGGACAGUGGACUUUGGUUUGCUCCACCCGAAUGGCGGGAGUGUAGGCUGGGAAUUCAGGAGCUGCCUCUGUUACCUAUAACCGAGAUUUUGUUCUCGGAUGUUGAGUAUGCCAAAGAGCUCGUGGAAUGGACGUUGCCAGCUUUGGCAAGGGAAGGGGUUGGAGAAGGGUGGAAGGGGUUUGUCUAUGCCUUGGAAGGGAUUUAUGACAGAGAAGGUGCUUUGGCUAAGAUCAAGCAACUGACUGGGUAUGAUGAUGGGAACUCUCUUACAAAUCUUUUAUGGUGGAUUCACAGUAGAGAUGAUGGAGAAGAGAUGCAUGAAAGAGGAGGCAAAUUGUGCUGGUAUAGUCACUAUCAUCACUGAAUUCGUGAAUCCAGUGAGCUGAUAAGUAUAAUAAGACGACUCCAACAUGAUAUUAUGUGUACCAAUAAAAAUCCGAACUAAAGAAUUUGUACCUCACCCGAUCAUUAUUGAGAGUUUAUAUCUUCGCUUUAUAGAAGGAGAAUGCGUGUUCAUUUGAUCUUGA